AUGGAGAGCCCGAGAGACAAAAGUACGGAACAAGAAGCAGGCGAAGUUUAUGACAAAGGCAAUCAAAUACCUUAUGCAGAAGGGAGCCGUGGCCCAAGUCCAACCAAAGGCAGACCAGUUUAUCUCCACCCUUUCUCUGGUCGAAAAAGGAAGUGGAAGCGAACAGUUUUGGCCAGUGAUCAACCUGCGCCCGCUCAACCGAUUUGUACGGACAGAGUCCUUUCGGAUGGAGGGCCUUCAAAUAGCAAAGAACCUGAUCCGACCAGGAGACUUCCUGAUGAAACUAGACUUGAAAGAUGCCUACUAUACAGUACCGGUGCACCAAGGGCAUCGCCGUUAUCUCUGCUUCUCCUAUCAAGGUAUCCUUUACGAGUUUUGCUGCCUAUCGUUUGGCCUGUCGUCAGCACCGAAGGCCUUUACAAAGCUUCUCAAACCUGUGGCAACGCUACUCCGCUCCAUGGGAAUCCGGGUUGUCAUCUAUUUGGACGACAUCUUGCUCCUCCACCAAGACAGGAAGGAGUUGUUGAAGAUCUUCAACAAAGUGUUGGAACUUCUUCAGAAUUUGGCGUUCACUAUCAAGCGGGAGAAAUGCUCUUCAGCUCCCACAGCCUGGUCUUUUUGGGGGGCCUCCUCAACUAAGUGGAAAUGACAAUUUCCCUCCCAUCCGAGAAAUUGAAGGCGAUUACCGAAGCAGUCCGAGAAAUACAGAAAGGCUGGGAGGUAACCGAGAAAGUUUUAUCCCCGCUCCUUGGUCGGUUGAGUCAUGCGGCACAAACGGGGGUCUGGACUGCACCCUUCCAUUACAGGAGCAUUCAGCAGCAACACGUCAAGAUGGCUCGCCAAGCAUCCAUAUGGCCGACAGCUACUCGAGUCUCACUGUCACAGAGGAGCAUCGAGGAAGUAACUUGGUGGCAGUCUCCAGAGGUCCGGAUGUUCAAUGGUCAACCUUUGCAGAUGCCGGCCUUCGACAUGACUGUCUCGACGGAUGCUUCACUACUUGGCUAGGGUGCAACAUGGCCAGGGACAACGAUUGGUGGUCGAUUGUUACCAGCAGAAGCCAAAUACCACAUCAACCUGCUAGAGCUCAAGGCAGCUCAUCUAGCAUUACAAGCCUUCUUCCGAACUCACACUCCAACACCGAGACACAUCUUACUACAGAUGGACAAUUCGACAUGCAGCGGUGGCGUAUGUGA